AGAAGAGCUAUCUGAAAUGAAAUAUGUCGUCAAAACCCAAGAGGCCAUCUGUGUGGCUCGUUCCAAAUAAAAAAGCUAUGUCCAAAAUGCCGCCCAAGUACAAAGGAAAGCCACCCAGGGAUCGUAUUUUUCGUCGCUGAGGUGGGUUCUCAAGAGAGUGUCGGGUAGAAGAGCCCGUUCCAGGUGCUCAAUCUCAUCAUCGUCAAUUUGUUUCCAAUCUGUCAUCAUUCUGUAUCGACAUGCCUCGUAGAUAUCAUUCUUUCGGUGCCAGGUAUCAUCCCGCACGCAGAUUCCCAAUAUCCGAAAAGCUAUGCCUUUCAAAAGUACAAGCAUGUACUGGACUGGGGCCUGUAGCAUGCCUGUUGUGCUGCUGCUUCUGCUUGUGUCCUAUGCCUUUCGACCCACCAGCUGUCGAAAGGAUCCAGCAAAAAGAAAAGGGAAAAAAAAGCCAAAGGGGAUGGAAAAAGAAAAGCUGAAAGCCAUCCAAAUAUAACACAAGGAAAAGAAAAAAUAGCACAAGGAAAUCAAAAUCAAAUCAAAAUCAAUCGCCAAAAAAAUCAACGCUUGCUCGCUCGCUAGAUCCGCAAAGAAAUCGUAAGAGACUCCAAAGUAGAUGGUUUUCAUGAGAAAGCGGUUUGUUCAAAUUCAAGAAGAUGGGGGGUGAAUGCGUGAGCAAAAAAUCUCAAAUAAUGUGCAUGUGGGGAGUCGCCCCGAAGCGACUCAAAAUAGAGGCCAGCCUAUCCAAUCGUUGGAAAGGUCUGUACGAAGAGAAGAGUAAGAAGAAGUAGCAUAAAUUUGUCGGAGAAAUGAAAUUGAACCAAGACAGAAUAGAGGGUGGAGAGGUUGAUCGUUGCAUUACUGUAGCCAUUUUUUGAUUCGUCAUCGUGAGAUUUCGUGUUUUUUUUUGUCUUUCGCGCCGGGUCUUUUUAAUUCUUUCAUGAUCUCGCUUCGUUGCAUUGCUGCGAAUUCUGAGCGCCGUUGC